AUGGCGGCCAUGGGCAGCGGCCAGAGCGGCGCCGAGAUUUACACGUACGAGGCGCCAUGGCUCGUGUACGCGAUGAAUUGGAGUGUGAGGCAGGACAAGAGGUUCCGCCUCGCGCUCGGGUCGUUCGUGGAGGAGUACAGCAACAAGGUUGAGAUCAUCACGCUGGACGAGCAGCGACGGGAGUUUCCGGCGGAGCCGACGCACAGGUUCGACCACCCGUACCCGUGCACGAAGAUCAUGUUCGUCCCAGACGCCGAGGGAACCAGCGAGGACUUACUGGCCACGAGCGGCGACUAUCUGCGGGUUUGGCGCAUAGGCGACGACGGCGUGCACCUGCGGAGCCUCCUGAACAACAACAAGAACAGCGACUUUUGCGCGCCGCUCACGUCGUUCGACUGGAGCACCACCAACCUGGCGAGGGUGGGCACCAGCAGUUUGGACACCACGUGCACCAUCUGGGACCUGGAGAAGGAGACGGUUGACUCGCAGCUCAUCGCGCACGACAAGGAGGUGUACGACAUCGCGUGGGGCGGGCCGGAGGUUUUCGCGAGCGUCUCCGCCGACGGGAGCGUCAGGGUGUUCGACCUGCGGGAUAAGGACCACAGCACGAUCGUCUACGAGUCCCCGACGCCGGACACGCCGCUGCUGAGGUUGGGUUGGAACAAGCAGAACCCGAGGUACAUGGCGACGAUGGAGAUGGACAGCGCCAAGGUUGUGGUGCUGGACAUUCGCGUGCCCGCGCUGCCGGUGGCGGAGCUGAAGAAGCACAGAGCCGCGGUGAACACGCUGGCGUGGGCGCCGCACAGCUCGAGGAACAUAUGCACCGCCGGGGACGACGCGCAGGCGCUCAUUUGGGACCUGUCGUCGGUGGCGCAGCCCGGGGAGGACGGGAUGGAUCCGAUGCUGGCGUACAACGCGGGGGCGGAGAUCAGUCAGCUGCAGUGGAGCGCGACGCAAACCGACUGGAUAGCCAUCGCAUUCGGCAAAAACCUGCAGGUGCUUCACGUGUGACGCCCGCGGGGAGAACGUGGCGAUCGUAGUCCUAGUUCGGUUUUGAAUUCAACGUUCAUUUAGCACUCA